GCUUCCCAAACUGGGCACAGUGAUCAAAGCUGGUAGUUAGCACACAGCAAACCGUGACACUAGGAGCUGAGGAACGUACAUCCUGAGACGACUGGGUGGGCAACCAUGGUGGGCCAGUGCUGGAUUCCCUCGCUGAUUGUGCUGUGUUUGUUGCCAGUUCAGUUAAAAUCAGUGACCAUCUCGGAGCCCGACACACAGACCGUUUACAAGGCAGCUGGUGAGACUGUACAGCUUGGAUGCACCUAUACCCUGGACCCCGCUGAAACUGGGAAUCUAGAUAUUGAAUGGACCGUAAUGAACCCAGAUAGCACCGCACUGGACAAAAUAAUCUUAACCUACAUGGACAAUAAUGUGGUCUCCAGAGGUCCUCCUGAGUUGAUGAAACGUGUGGCUUUCACAGCUGGCGUUCCUAACAAUGGAGAUGCCUCUAUAACUAUCUCAUAUCUUGAGGCCAAAGAUUCUGGGACCUAUGAGUGUAAAGUGAAGAAGUAUCCUGGAUUAGCAUCAAGAAAGGUCACCUUGAUUGUGCAAGUUCCUCCGUCCAAUCCUCGUUGUUUGAUUGAAGGUGAUCAGACCCAAGGGAAAGAUGUGACGCUAAUGUGCAGAGCAGAAGGUGCAUCUACUCCACUCAGUUUCAGCUGGGAAAAGACUAGUGGAGCUGCCAACCCUACAACUCCAGCGCUAAACAUGGGUGCAGUCACCGGGGACCUUUUUAUCAAGAAUAUCUCCCAAGCAUAUGCCGGGACGUACCAGUGCUCUGUGGGGAACACAGUGGGCGUAGGACGUUGUUCAGUAGAACUCACUGUUUCAUCAAGCAACCGUGCUGCCAUAAUAGCUGGGGCCGUUAUAGGGGCCAUUCUGCUUUUACUACUCCUGCUUCUGCUCAUCUGGUGCCUUAUCUGUUGCUGUAACAAGAGGCGCUAUGAAAAGGAACUCGCCAAUGAUAUCAGAGAGGAUGUUGGUGCUCCUCCAAGUAACACAAACAGCCGUGUCAGCAGUGUCCGUACUGCUGCUGGGUACCGACCUCACCACAUCAGUUAUUCCUUGCGAAGAGUCUACAGUGCGGCACACAAAGAGGAACCUAAGCCUCCAUCCCAAACCAGCAGUGAACUCAUUAAACCCAAAUUUGAGAGCUAUAGUCCAUCUCCUGAACCACUCAUAGUCCUUCCAGAGUACGGACGUAACACACCAUCUCCGCAACCAUUGGUUGUCCUUCCAGAGUCCACACGUCAUACACCUUAUAACAUCCAGAGAGUAGGGGGAGUUGCAGUGAUGGUACCUGCGCAAACGCGAGAGGGAUUUGUGGUUUAACAACGGAUGGCAGCAGAGCUAUUAAAAAAAAAACCUUGGACUGAAAUGUAUAUAAGCCUACCAAUCCAUCAAAACUUUGUACAGUAUGUUCAGAUUACAUAUGGGCCAGUGGUGUAUAGUACUUUCAUAAUGCUUAUGUUUUUUGUAAAUAUGUUAUAAGAACAUAACCGGCUUCUGUCGUCCUGUAUAGAAAUAUUAAAAUGUUUUCAAUGCCUUUCAAACGGACAGGUAUAUGGACCUUUCACCUGACGUGGGAAGAACUAACAUACACAUACUGCCUUUUGGUGACUUACGAUAAGAGCAGAAAGACUUCUGGGAAAGAACCAGAGUCUCCAUCUUGAAUCCUGGGGGAAGGGAGCAGCAGUGUUUAAAUUUUACCUCAAGACAUGAGUACAUGUUAUUGUUUCUGAACUUUACAAUUUAACCCUUAACAUACCCACAGUGUGGCAAGACUUCUCAACUCGUGAAUGCGGGGAGUGGUGUUGGUGGUGGGGGUUUGUUUCACAAAAUGUAAUUGGUUGUAUUUACUAAACAGUAAAUUACGGUGUAUGGAUCAAGGGCAAUAUAGAGGAGUCCUGAGAGAAGGCUUUCACUCGAGCUUCACUUCAAUUUUGCAAAACGUUCGAGUAACUCCCUUGCACUCUUCCAGAAAAAUAAACCCCAAUUUUUAAAAGUUACUUUACA